AUGCCAUACAAACGCCGCCGGGUGGAACACGCGUCAGGGUCCGUGGCCGCCUCCUCAUCUGCUUCUCGUUCGUCGGCUCGAUAUAGUUCUGCAGCUCGCAGUACAGUAUCAAAGCCCCCAGCCUUUAGGAAUCCUGCGCAACACAAGAGAGUUUCUCUAAAGUUUUCCGACUCACCAGUGUCCAAGUCAAACAAUGACGGCGCUUCCAGUCACGGUAAAGACGUGUUAAGAGUCCAUGCUGCGGAGACGGAUGCUGAGAUCCAAGAACGAGAGGAGCAUGAUUCAGUCAACGAAAUCAUGAUGGCGGUCGACAUCAAGAAAGGUGGGUCAGUAGGAUGCGCCUACUAUACUGCCCGCGAGGAGACUCUGUAUCUGAUGCAAGAUAUACCAUCUGGGGACCUUGCUAUUGUAGACACCCUCAAACUCCAUGUACAGCCAACGACUAUCAUUAUCAGCACCAGAGCGGACGAGGAGCUAGAACAACAUCUCAGCAAAGACGCCAGAGCAAUCGAGCGUGGAGAAGACGAUAAUGACGUUAUGGGCUCUUAUGUUCUUGACAUUAGACAAGCUGCCGAUUUUCGAUAUGAUACAGCGAAGGAGAAGCUGGCUGGACUCGAGCUUAGUAUAGACGAUGCUCCCAAUAUCGUCUUCAGGACAGCUGGAGAUGAUGCGAUGGGUGAGGCAAUGUACGGUCGUGCAGAGCGGGCUAGUCUAGGGAAGCAAGGAAGACUGCUCAGGCUUGCUGGUUGGAUUGAUCUCGGCAGCUAUCUGACGAUUGGAUGUGCUGGUGCCAUACUCAGCCAUAUCGCCAGGCGAAGGAAUAUCGAAUACCUGCCCAAUGAUGGAGCCGCCCUAGGGGCUUUUCGAAUACGUACAAUUGAGAUGUUUACACUGUCAAGUCAAAUGUUCAUCAACGCAGAUACGUUGGCGUCCCUUCACAUCAUGCAAUCCGAGAACCACCCGAAUUCGCAAAUGCAAGGACCUAAUACAUCCGGAUCGAAGGAAAGUUUGUCUGUUUAUGGGCUCUUCUGUCACCUUGCGAGCACGCCUCAAGGAAAAAGGAGAUUACGAAGGCUAUUCCUACGGCCAAGCUUGGAGCUCGAAGUCAUCCGGGAACGCUUGUUGAGUAUCAGCAUCUUUCUUAGACCGGAAAAUUCCAGUCCGCUGAGAGAUAUUUGCAAAAGUUUAAAGAUGGUCAAAGACAUACGUUCUGUAGCAAUACACCUACAAAAAGGUGCUGCUGAUGGAGGAAUGGGGAAAAGUAUUUAUAGAGGAGUUUGGGCGAGUCUGCAGCAAUUUACACAUCAUGCCUUGGCGAUUCUUCGCGUUAUUCAAGAAUUGGAGGGUGGGGAUCUGCUGCCAAUAUUGAAUAAGCUUGUUGACCAUGUUCAACCACCAGUGCUACUUAGCAUUCUUCAAUCGAUAAGUCAGAUUGUCGAUUUUGAAAGCUCAGCAGAACAGCGCCGUACGGUUGUCUUACAAGGAGUCGAUGCAGAAUUAGACGGAUUCAAGAGAACAUACGAUGGCAUGGAUAGCCUUCUCACACAAGCUCACGGUCUGCUCCUCAAUGAUCUCCCUGAGUGGGCUAUGCAAUACGUUACAACAUGUCUCUUUUUCCCACAACUUGGGUUUCUUACUGUCGUUGUGCUUGAUCCAGAAACUGGUGCCAGUAAAUAUGAGGGUGAAGGAGUAGAUGAUGAUAUCUGGGACAAGAUGUUUGUCACAAAUGAUUCGGCAUAUUACAAGAAUCGGAAAAUGAGAGAAAUGGACAACUAUUUUGGAGACUUGUAUGGCUUGAUAUGUGGCAAGUUGAACAAGGAGAUUGAAAUCAUUCAUGAUCUCGCGGUCAAAAUCUUGCAGGACGAAAAAGUACUGAUUGAGGCUUCUGAUCUAUUAGGAGAACUUGACAGUCUUGUUGCGUUAGCCUUGGGAGCGCAAAAGUAUAGACUUAAUCCACCAAGAUUAACCAUGGCAAAUGUUAUUCAGAUUGAAGGGGGUCGCCACCCUUUGCAAGAGCUCACUGUCUCCUAUAUCCCCAACGAUUGCUUCAUUAGGGGUGGAGCUGGCGAUGACGAAGAAGAGGAGGACACAGAGCCCAUCAUUUCACCAUCACGAAGCUCCUCGAGUUUACUGCAAAGUAUCGAAGAGCCAAGCAUGCUCAUCAUGACUGGGCCGAACUAUUCCGGCAAAUCUGUCUACCUUAAGCAAGUUGCACUUAUUGUGUUUCUAGCACACAUCGGCAGUUUCGUGCCAGCAGAUAGAGCUACCAUUGGCUUGACAGACAAGAUAUUGACGCGAAUCGCUACGCGAGAAAGUGUGUCGCGAGACCAGAGCGCGUUCAUGAUUGAUCUGCAACAGAUCUCUCUAUCAAUGACAUUAGCGACACAUCGCAGUCUUGUGGUUGUCGAUGAAUUUGGCAAAGGUACUAAUGCUCACGAUGGUGCUGGGCUCUCAUGUGGGGUAUUAGAGUAUUUCCUCAGCUUGGAGAAUAAACGCCCCAAAGUCCUUGCGGCUACCCAUUUCCAUGAAAUCUUCGCAAAUGGUUUCCUUCCCGAGCGCCCUGAACUAGGCUUCGGUCAUAUGGAAGUUCAGGUUGACUCAGAAGCGUCCGUUGAAGACCAGAUUACUUAUCUUUAUAAGUUUGUCCCAGGCCGCAGCAACUCGAGCUUUGGUACACUGUGUGCUAUGAUGAAUGGAAUUGAUCAGGCAGUUGUGGAACGAGCCGAUGAGCUUAUCCUUCUCUCAGCACGCGGCGAGGAUUUGAUCACAGCCUGUGCCAGAAUUCCAGAUGAUGAAGCACGCCAGCUGGAAGAAGCUGAACAGGUUGGGAGGCAAUUCUUGGAACAAAACUUUCCCACUCCUGGAUCGAAGGAGAGUGAGACGUUCGACAUCCGAACUGCACUCCAAAACAUACUCGCUGUUAGUCCCGUCUGA